AUCAAGCUAGACAUUUCAAGUGUGGACCUGCAACUAACCCUUGUUUCACCUUCCUAAACUACAAAAGUCAAUCAAUUACAGUCACUACUAAAGGAAGUUUUUCAAUAAAUAGGAUCAAGGGAAUUGAAGUCUUUUGAGUGAUCCAAUAAUAUAUUUUCAGUCUUUAUAACUAACUUGUUCAAGAUUUUCAAGCUUGCUACUUUCAGAGUUGUCUUUCACUAAUCUCAUCUGGGUCAGGAUCUGAUCACCAUGUCUUCAAGUAAUUCUGCAAGGUCAAAACAUAGUACUAGAAUUAUACAACAAACCACUGUAGAUGCACGGCUACAUGCCGAUUUUGAGGAAUCAGGAGACUCGUUUGAUUACUCGAGUUCCGUGCAUGUUAGCAACACAGUUGUUACUGGGGAACAGCCUCGUUCCGAUAAGGUAACAACUGCAUACCUUCACCACAUUCAAAAGGGUAAGUUGAUUCAGCCUUUUGGAUGUUUAUUAGCCCUAGAUGAAAAAACUUUCAAAGUAAUUGCCUAUUCUGAAAAUGCCCCUGAAAUGCUUACAAUGGUAAGCCACACUGUGCCCAGUGUUGGUGAAAGUCCGGUUCUCGGGAUUGGUACUGAUGUUAGAACUAUAUUUGCGGGUCCUAGUGCUAAUGCCUUGUAUAAGGCCUUAGGAUUUGGGGAAGUCUCUUUGCUAAACCCCAUUUUGGUUCAUUGUAAAACAUCCGGGAGGCCUUUUUAUGCCAUCAUUCAUCGGGUUACGGGCAGUUUGAUCCUAGAUUUUGAGCCCGUUAUGCCUAAUGAAGUUCCAAUGACUGCUGCUGGCUCUCUACAAUCUUAUAAGCAUGCAGCCAAAGCCAUAGCCAGGUUACAAUCUCUGCCUAGUGGCAGCAUCGACCGACUCUGUGACACAAUGGUCCAGGAGGUUUUUGAGCUCACGGGUUAUGAUCGUGUGAUGGCUUAUAAGUUUCAUGAAGAUGAUCAUGGUGAGGUGGUUGCUGAGAUCACUAAACCGGGUCUUGACCCUUACCUUGGGUUACAUUAUCCAGCCACUGAUAUACCUCAAGCAGCCAGAUUCUUGUUUAUGAAAAAUAAGGUUCGAAUGAUUUGUGAUUGUCGAGCCAAGAAUGUAAAAGUAGUUCAAGAUAAGAAACUCUCAUUUGAUUUAACAUUAUGCGGUUCAAAUCUCCGGGCCCCACAUAGUUGCCAUUUACAGUACAUGGAAAACAUGACCUCGAUUGCCUCUUUGGUAAUGGCAGUUGUCAUAAACGACAUCCAUGAUGAAGGCGAAACUUCUGAUCCACAGAAACGAAAAAGGCUUUGGGGUUUAGUUGUGUGCCAUAACACGACUCCAAGAUUCGUUCCAUUUCCUUUGCGUUAUGCGUGUGAGUUUUUGGCUCAAGUUUUUGCCAUUCACAUCAAUAAAGAACUGGAAUUGGAAAACCAGAUUCUGGAGAAGAAUAUCUUACGCACACAAACACUGUUAUGUGAUUUGUUGAUGCGGGAUGCUCCAUUAGGUAUUGUAGCACAAAGCCCGAAUAUCAUGGAUCUUGUUAAGUGUGAUGGGGCGGCUCUUCUUUAUAAAAGUAAAGUAUACCGAAUGGGGGUUAGCCCAACUGAGUCUCAAAUUCAUGAUAUAGUAUCGUGGCUCUAUGAAUACCAUAUGGAUUCUACGGGGUUGAGUACCGAUAGUUUAUACGAUGCUGGUUAUCCCGGGGCUCUAGCUCUUGGAGACGUAAUAUGUGGGAUGGCAUCGGUUAGGUUAACUGAAAAAGAUAUUCUUUUUUGGUUUAGAUCAAACACGGCUUCAGAAAUUAGAUGGGGGGGUGCAAAACACGAGAAGGGUGAAAAAGAUGAUGGUAAAAGAAUGCACCCAAGGUCUUCUUUUAAAGCCUUUUUAGAAGUCGUGAAAACUAGAAGUUUUCCAUGGAAGGAAUUUGAGAUGGAUGCCAUUCACUCAUUGCAGCUAAUUAUGAGGAAUGCUUUGAAAGAAAGUGAAGUGGUGGAUAUGAAAACAGAUGUUAUUCAGGAGGGUUUUAAUGAGCUUAAACUUGAUGGGCUGCAAGAAUUAGAAUCAGUUACAAGUGAGAUGGUUAGGUUGAUCGAAACUGCUUCUGUUCCUAUACUCGCAGUUGAUGUUGAUGGUUUAAUAAAUGGAUGGAAUACAAAGAUAGCUGAGUUGACUGGUUUGACCGUAGAAGACGCUAUUGGUAGCCAUUUGUUGACACUUGUUGAAGAUUCUUCGGUUGACAAAGUCCAAAAUAUGCUGAACCUGGCACUAGAAGGAAAAGAGGAAACAGGUGUCGAAUUUGAAAUCAAAACGCAUGGAUCAAUGGGCGAGUCUAAACCAAUCACGCUUGUGGUAAAUGCCUGUGCAAGCAGGGACGUAAACGAACAUGUUGUAGGUGUGUGCUGUAUUGCACAAGAUAUAACUAACCAAAAGAUGAUAAUGGACAAGUUCACUCGAAUAGAAGGCGAUUACAAAGCUAUAGUGCAUAACCCGAACCCAUUGAUUCCCCCAAUCUUUGGAACUGAUGAAUUUGGUUGGUGUUCUGAGUGGAACCAAGCCAUGACCGAGCUAUCUGGAAUACCAAGAGAACAAGUCAUCGAUAAAAUGCUUUUGGGUGAAGUUUUUGGGACAAAUGCAGCAUGCUGUCGACUGAAUAAUCAAGAGUCUUUCAUAAAUCUGAGCAUUGUUCUUAACAAAGCUCUGACUAGUCAAGAAGCAGUAAAGAUUUCAUUCGGGUUUUUUGCUAAAAGUGGAAAGUAUGUAGACUGCUUGUUAUGUGCAAGUAAACGGGUCGACAAUGAGGGUACAGUCACCGGGCUUUUCUGCUUCUUACAGCUAGCAAGUAAAGACCUUCAACAAGCUAUUCAUUUUCAAAGAAUGUCUGAGCAAAUUGCAGCAAAGAGACUUAAAGCUUUAGCUUAUGUGAAAAGACAGAUUAAAAAUCCACUUGCUGGGAUUAUAUUUUCAAGAAAGAUGAUGGAGGCAACCGAUCUGGGAGAUGAGCAGAGGGAGCUUCUUCAUACAAGUGCUUUAUGUCAAAAGCAACUCAAUAAAGUACUUGAUGACACUGAUCUUGAUAGCAUUGUUGACGGGUAUUUGGAUCUGGAGAUGACAGAGUUUACUCUCCAGCAAAUCUUGGGUGCCUCCUUAAGUCAAGUGAUGACAAAGACCGACAUAAUGGGAAUUCAAGUAGUAAAUAGUGUAGGAGAAAGUAUGUUGUUGGAGAAACUGUAUGGAGAUAGUUUAAGGCUGCAGCAAGUUCUUGCAGAUUUCUUGUCACUGUCGGUUUCUUGUACACCAACCGGUGGCCUUCUCAUAAUUGCAGCCAAGUUGACCAAAGAUGUUUUAGCCAAAUCAGUUCAGCUUGUGAAUUUAGAACUCAGGAUAACACACACGGGAAGUGGGGUUCCAGAGGAGCUGUUAAGCCAAAUGUUUGGAAACAGUACAGAUGCAACAGAAGAAGGAAUAAGUUUGGUGAUUAGCCGAACCCUGUUGAAGCUCAUGAGUGGAGAUGUGGAAUACUUGCGAGAAGCUAGAAGGUCGACUUUCAUCAUUUCUGUUGAACUUGCCUCUGCUGGAACAAAGAAAGCAUCAACAGACUAACUUUCUCCUUUGUUGGUGUUGGUUCUUUUCGAAAAUUAGAUUAAGUGUUGCUUUGAGUUUGUCCUCUGUAUGUUUUUGUUAAUUUCCAAUUGUAAUCGUGGAUUUCGUUGCUUUGAGAAUAAUAUUUUGUAAGUUCUUGUGUUUAA